UCAACAUUUUAGUUCAGAAUAAAUACCGCUUAGUUUCGGUAAACAUAAAAAUCUUUCCAAAUUGUGUAGGGUGAUUUUUUAGUUCAGACACAAUUCGAAAUGGCUGAAAUCCUGGAGGAGUUCAUCACCCUAACGCCCUUGACUUGUGUGCAACAAUGCAAUGCCUUGCUAGGCCCAACAUCAGGAAAACCGAGAAGCUGCUUUGUAUUUUUUACACUAUUUGGCGUUUACUGCGGCGUUCUCAUCUUUCGGACGUAUCGUACAUAUUCCUCUAAGGAAGAAGGAGACAGGGAGAAUAUAACAGAAGGAGUUACCCUUGAGACUAAAGCGGAAAAUUUGAACAUAGGACCAGGCCCCAGUCUAGUGAAUGAAUUUGUGGAGCAAGCGAAGCCGAUUCUGUUGCAGCCCGUCGAGUUUUCCAGUACUGACAUGAGAUGGCGCUAUUGCAACCACUUGCCGGAACCGGAACUAAAAUCAGAUUCUGAUAGUGAAAACGGAGUAACCGAGAGAAAUGAUAUUGAUGACCUCGAAAGAAUGAGCAAUGUUGUAGAUAAUAAUGAUGAACACAAGCCGGCUGCAUCCACAUCGAAUGCAACGACUCAGGCCCAUGACGAUAACGCCGAUAGUGAACACGUCGAGCCCACACUCUUCUCGGUGUGAUUUACAAUAAAUUUAAGCAAAUCUGUCGUGUGAUUUACAUUGAAAUAAAUCAACUUUUAACACCCUU